AUGCUGAGUGGAAGUCGGAGCCUCGCUUCUCGUGUAGUGCCCCUAGCCAGCCGGGCCCCUCAGAUGAGAGCAGCACCCAGGCCAGCACCAGCAGCUCAGCCACCAGCUGCAGCCCCACCGUCUGCCAUCGGGUCCCCUGCUGCAGCACCCCGGCAGCCUGGUCUCAUGGUCCAGAUGGCAACCACUGCAGCUGCUGUGGGGCACACACUGGGCCAUGCAAUCACUGGGAGCUUCAGUGGAGGAAGUACUGCCGAAUCCGCAAAGCCUGAUAUCAGUUACCAGGAUCCUCAGAGAACCCAGCCAGCACAGCAGUAG